UUCGAGUUUGUCUCUUCCGGCCAUUACAACAGUCAGUACGGCUCGCCACGAGUCUAGAAAUUUGUGUUAAAUCUUUAAAAAGUAAAGUUAAACAGCUUGAAUUGCAAUAUUUAAAAGUUUAUAUUGAAAGUAUAUUAGUGUACGCCUGCCAAAUAGCUAUUGAAAUAAUAAUUUGAAAUGGCCGACUCAAAGAAUAAUGAUGUUGAGAUGAACGGUGAGGAUUUCUCCAAAGACGUCACCACAAGCGAAAAUGAGAACGGUACCGGCACCAAUGGUACAAAUGGAAACGCUGACGGUCAAUCAAACGCACGGGAUGACGACAGAAAACUUUUUGUUGGUGGUCUGAGUUGGGAAACUUCUGAGAAGGAGUUGCGCGAACAUUUUGGCAAAUAUGGAGAAAUCGAAAGCAUAAAUGUGAAAACAGAUCCACAGACAGGUCGUUCACGUGGAUUCGCUUUUAUUGUUUUCACUAGUACUGAAGCUAUUGACAAGGUACACGCCGCUGGUGAACACAUUAUUAACAAUAAGAAGGUCGACCCAAAGAAGGCUAAGGCACGACAUGGCAAAAUAUUUGUUGGUGGCCUUACAAAUGAAAUCAGUGAUGAUGAAAUCAAAACAUAUUUCAGCCAAUUUGGCAAUAUUGUCGAUGUUGAGUUGCCAUUCGAUAAGCAAAAGUCACAGCGUAAAGGAUUCUGUUUCAUUACAUUCGACUCUGAACAAGUUGUAAAUGAGCUGCUGAAGACGCCUAAACAGAAAAUUUCCGGCAAGGAAGUUGAUGUUAAGCGUGCAACACCGAAGCCAGAAAACCAAAUGAUGGCUAUGCGUGGAGCUCGCGGUGGCAUUCGUGGUGGACGUGGAGGUUUCGGACGUGGAGGUUAUCCACAAUGGCCAGGUCAAGGCGGUUAUGCUCCAUAUGGUGGAUAUGCAGGUGGCUAUGAUCCAAGCUAUGGCGACUAUUACAGCGGGGGCUAUUAUAAUGGCUAUGACUAUGGAUACGAUUACGGCUACGGAGGUGGUUAUGACGGCGGCUACGGUGGCGGUAGCGGCGGCGGUGGCCGAGGUGCCGGUGGUCCACGCGGCGGUCCAAAAGGUGCCGGCGGUUAUCCUUCGGGAAAGCAAAGAGGGACAGGACGCCAGCCCAGACACCAGCCCUACUAAUCAUGUUCGUUGCAAUAAGUUGAUAAUAAUAAACAAGCGCCGGUAUACUAAAAACACAAAAUCACACACACACACAACACGAACUUAAUGCUUUGAUUAAGUUUCUACCGAUCGCUUGGAAAUCUUCCAUAUAAACGAAUGUUAUGAUUUCUUUUGCGUUAUAUUUAACAUGUCCCACGCACACACACCACCUGAAAUAAACACCACUCCGCAGAAAAGCAGUGCUGACAACAUCCCAUUCGAGCAAAAUUGCUCAGAAAUCGUAUCACAAAUCUCAUCUGUUAUCGGCACGGUUUAAACAAUCGACAUCCAAUUAAGUUCGCAUGUGUGUGUGUGUCCAAAGCCAACAGCCAAUGAAAAAUACACCGGCCUUUUAUUUUUUACCCCGAAGUGCAAGCAAAAAAGUCUACUAAUUCAGCGUUGCAUUCAGUGCAGUGUCAACUUAACAACAAUUCAGCAAUCAAUAGUUUAUUAGCAGUACUUUUCAGUAGUUUUAGAUCAUAUAUAUUACACUUAAUCUUAUGUUACCUAAUAUACUUACUUUAAAAUGGUAAUUUUUUAUG